AUGUUUAAGAAAAUCAACGCCGUUUUCCGUCCGAACCAUCUUGGACCUCGCUCACGGGACAGGUUCAGGUCCAAUGAGGACUACCACAGCGCUUGCACCGUGAAACUGGUCCGGAGCACGUCGAUGCUCGUGGUCGGUGAGAGCAGUCGCGCACGGCACGACUCUACCCUGAAGCGGAGCGUGAGCGCCGUAAGUGUCGAGUCCAGCACGGCCCUGUACUACUACCAGAGCCGAGAGGACCGAGUAUGGCUCUAUUCCCAGAACCAGAACUGCUUGGAGUACUUACAGGAACUGGUCGCGCUUAGGCGUCAGUACACUAAGAGCAUCAAUGACCUCAAGAACAGCGAAAGGAAAGAGACCGCGUCCCGCAAAAAGAACCCCGCACCCCAGCCACCGCAAAACAGAGCUGCACAGACUUCAAGGCCUGAACCUUCUGCUCCACCAAUCCCGAACGAGGAAGACACACUCCAGUUCUUUGAUGCAGUCAUUGCAAGCUGUGACCCGGAGCCCAGUCGAAAACCACAUGUGGAUACUGGGCAUGCAGAUGUGGACUUCAUAGUGGCUACCAGCACCAGCGAGCAUGACCUUCACUCUAACUGGGUGCUUCGGGACCCGCGUCGAAUCUCCAUGAUGGAGUCGCAGCCCAAGAAUUCAGAUAUCAGUCACGGGCAGGGUUCCCAGCGGAAGGGCGACAUGGGAAGCACAGGCAGCAGAAGACGUCUGCAACGAAACCCAAUCCACCUGCCAAAAGUGGUGGAGAGUGCCUUUCAGACUCUGCGCUUCAAACCAAAGCUCAAGAAGAAAGACUAGCUGCUUAAUCAACACUGUUCAUUUCCACUGUUUGUGCCCAGAGGACAACUAAAACUUCACAGUUCCGAAAGAAAGAAUAAGGAAUAGUCUGAAUCACUACAGAGGAUGUGAGCUCUGUACGUAAUGUCAGUGCUUACUCACUGCCAGAGCUUCAUGAAUUAUCCAGAGUGGAUCAGAAUCUCUUUUUCAGUCGCUCUCGAUAGCAAACGCUUAAGGCCAUUAACAGAGCGUAACCGCUGAACAAUCAUCCUGUGCACUGAUUCCAGACAAGAGCAACUGGAAUUUCCUUAUCACAAUAACGCAGAUCUGAGGAUCAUCUAUCUGAUGAACCAGUUAGAUAAUCAGACAUAUGAGUAAUGUCAAACACAAAGGCCAAGGAGCUAGCUAUUUACUGCCUAGUUAUGAUAGGUGAGUCUUAAUUAACCAAAUGCAAAACUAUCACCUGUAUUUUACAUUUGGUAAUAUAAUGUUAAUCUAAUGUCUUAUCUAAUGCAGUAAAACUUUGGGGAUCCUUACUGUAGCAUUUCUUUAUAUGAAUUUCUUAAAUUGGUACUAGGUGCCUUAGUGUGUAUGUUUGUACCAUCUUUUUUAUGAUGAUUUGUGAUUAUACUACCAGUCAAAAGUUUUUGAACAGUAAGAUUUUUAAUGUUUUUAAAGAAGUCUCUUCUGCUCAUCAAGCCUGCAUUUAUUUGAUCCAAAGAACAGCAGAAACAGUAAAAAUGUCAAAUAUUUUUACCAUAACCGUUUUCUAUUUGAAUAUAUUUUAAAAUGUCAUUUAUUCCUGUCUUUUCAAUUAAUAUUAUUGUUAUUAUUAUGUUGAAAACGGCUGUGUUGAUUUUUAAAGGUUUCUUUUAUGAAUAGAAAGUUCAGAAGAGAGAAUGGAAUAGAAAUCUUUUGUAAUAUUAUGCUUAUAUUGUCUUUAUCCUUGCUAAAUAAAGGUAUACAUUUCUAUAAUUUCUUAACCAAAAACAAA